AUUGGGUCUCAGCUUCAACAGUAUUUCUUCAGUUGAAAAUGGUUCUCUUAACAAUGUACCUCAUCUGAGAGAGCUCCAUUUGAACAACAAUGAACUUGUCAGAGUACCUAGCGGGCUGGGUGAACACAAAUAUAUCCAGGUAGUCUAUCUUCAUAACAACAAAAUUGCUUCAAUUGGUAUCAACGACUUUUGCCCUCUUGGCUACAACACCAAAAAGGCUAGCUACUCUGGUGUCAGUCUCUUCAGCAACCCCGUGCAGUACUGGGAAAUCCAGCCCUCUGCUUUCCGAUGUAUCCAUGAACGCUCUGCAGUACAGAUUGGAAACUAUAAAUAGAUGUCUAAAGAUGGGUUCGGUUGUGUUUCAGCUAAAGUACCUGUUGUAAUAGGCCUGUUCAAAAAAUUGUUGCUAACAAUUAGUACCAAAUACCAAAAACUUAAAUUUAAAGUGGAGAUGAUCCACUGAUGUAGAAUAAAUGAAUCAUUACAGAUGUACAGGAUCAAGCAUACCAUCAAAAAGAAUUGCCAACUCUGCUUUAAACUGACUUAUUUCAGCCUUCUUUUCCAGCAUGCUUUCUGUGGUAUUUUUCAGUUUGCUGAAUGCCACAGGUUUUCAAAUUCCACUGUAUAUGAGAUUCAGAGUAAAUAUUUGUCAAGCUAUGGUAUAAAAAACAAAAAAAAAAAGAAAAUAGUGAUUGAGGUUAUUUUUAUAGCCAUACACACACACACACACACACACACACACAAAAAAGGGGGAGAGAAAAAAGACCCUCAAAUAAUCUUGAGACUUGAGAAGGUGAGAGUUAUCUCCUUUAAAUUAAUUUCAAGCCCUGGAGGUUUAAAAAUAUUCACUAUAACACUAAGCUAAUUCUGAAUGUAUCUAUUUAGCAGAGGCAAAUAAUGUUGUUGCUAAUGUCAUUAUUCUGGGAAAAAAAUAAAAUAAAUUCAUAUUGUACACAUA